AUGUAAACGUCAAAAAUUGAAAUGUCAGUGUUCGUCUCGGCUUAUUGAUGUAAUUUUAAAUAUUUGUGAAAAUAUCUAUAAAAAUAAUUAGAAAUGUUAUCCAAAGUGUUGUUAGUUACCCUACUAGCCAGUUUAAUAAAUGGGAUAUUUUCUAAAAGUGUAGAGUUAACAUUUGAACUAGCCGAUAAUGCCGUAGAAUGUUUUCAUGAAGACAUUGAAAAGAACACUUCUUGUUCACUAGAAUACCAGGUUAUUACUGGUGGCCAGUAUGAUGUUGAUGCCAAAAUUGAAGGUCCAAAUAAGAUGAUCCUUUAUAAUCGUCAGAAGCAACAGUAUGACUCUCAUCAGUUCACAGCACCAGUUUCAGGUGUGUACACAAUCUGCUUCAGCAAUGAGUUCAGUACAUUCUCACACAAACUAGUGUACAUGGAGCUGAAUGUGGGUCCCGAGCAGCAGCUGCCGGGCAUCGGAGACCACGCCACAGUCCUCACACAGCUGGAAUCAUCAGCUGAGGAAAUUCACAAAGCCAUGAACAAGAUAAUUGAUCAACAAACACACCACCGACUGAGAGAGGCCCAGAGCCGUAAAAGAGCCGAAGACCUCAAUGAGAGAGUCUUCUGGUGGUCCACCGGAGAGACCAUGGCCAUAUUCUGUGUAGCCCUCGCGCAAGUCAUGAUCCUAAAGAACUUCUUCAGUGACCGACCUGCACAGUAUAACCGAAUGUAGUGUUAGUUGAAAUAUAGUUGUAUAUUUAUUAUUAUUUUGUUUUGAAUAAAUUGAAGGUCAGAAAUUAAACACCUUAAAUAAUUUA